CGUGGUAAGUAGCAGCAAUAUAUUGUGUGAGAGAAAGAGAGAGCUGUACAGAAAGAGACCGCUGCUUCUUCUUCUUCCUUCUUAUCUUUCUUUCUGAAUUCCAUUUUCAUUUCAUGAGAGCAGAAUAGAAUAGAGAGAGAUAUGGGGAACUGUCAAGCCAUAGAUGCUGCUGCUUUGGUAAUCCAACAUCCAAGCGGAAAGAUAGAGAGGCUUUAUUGGCCAAUUCCAGCGAGUGAAGUCAUGAGACUGAAUCCUGGCCAUUAUGUUUCUGUGAUUAUUCCAUUGCCUCCUCCGCCUGCUACUGUUACUUCUGCAGAUCAUAAAGAUAAUAAGAGUGUUCAGUUCACACGCGUGAAGCUUCUUAGGCCUAGUGAUACUCUUGCACUUGGCCAUGCUUAUCGUCUCGUUACUACUCAAGAAGUUAUGAAGGUGUUGAGGGCAAAGAAGCACGCAAAAAUGAAGAGACAGCAGCAACCAGAAUCGGUGCAGAAGCUUCAGAUGGCGGAGUCGGAGAAGAAGAGUUCAGAUUGUGAGGCUGGAAACAAACCUGAUGAGGAGAGAGAUCAUCAGGCGACAAAACAUGAAAGACACCGACCAAGAACACCAUCCAUCAACUCAGCUACACUCAGGUCAAAGUCAUGGCGCCCAACACUACAGAGCAUUUCUGAGGCUGCGAGCUGAAUGCUGAUGGCUUUUCCUAUUAUAAUAUCAGGAAUAGUCCAUAAAAAAUGCAGAGAUAAUUGCUAGCCUUGUAUAAACAAACUCCUUUCACAAAGCAAAAUAGAUUCACUUGAUCAAAGGAGAUGGGUUAUCCAAUAUCAAAACCAUUGUCAAUCAGAGAAAUACCAUUUUCAAGAAAUAAGAAAUUUGUAUAGCUACAAAAAUACAAAAUGAUCUAACAUUAUUUUACAAGAUA